AAAAUCAAAGAAAAAACCACAAAAUCAAAAAUUACGUAUUGAAAAAUUAAUGGAGAUGAAAUAUUUUACAACGAUGAUGAUCAUAGUAUUGUUUUUUGGAGUCAUGGUGCAACAAACAUUGGGUCAAAAUAGGGAUUCAUCAUGUAUGAAUAGGUUACUCCCAUGUAUGAAUUUUUUAAAUGGAGCAAAAGGGAAUCCACCAGAAAGUUGUUGCAAUCCACUAAAGGAAGUAAUAAAAGAAAUGCCUGAAUGUUUAUGUCAAAUGGUAAGUAUUAAAGGGAGUAAAGCAGCAGAGCAAGCUGGGAUUAAUGUUAAUGAUGCACAAAUGUUGCCUGCUAAAUGUGGACAGCCUGUUAAUUACAUGGGAUGUCUAAAAGGAGCAUCAAAUUCUGCUGGCAACCCAAUGGGUAUCACUAUAAGCAUGAAAAUAUUGUUGGGUGUUGCUUCUAUGGUUUUAUUUCAAGUUUUGUGACUUAAAACACUUUUGGUUUUAGUGAUGGGUUUUGUUGAUAAUCAUCAUUAUAUUUUUACCUUUUUGUAUUAAUUGUUGAAUAUUGAAUUAUUAUACAUUUUUGUUCACUUUGGUGUUAUAUUGAUAUCUCCCUUGUAUUAUCUAUCAACAUGCUUUCUCCAUUUUUGUAAAGCAAAAA